AUGGGAACUGGCGAGGCGCCGCAACUGCCACCGCGCACCCAUCCGGUUCAUGAGCGGAAUCGGGCGGCGAAACGCGACCGUCACCACGACGACAUUGACGCGCCGAAGAACGAUGAAGCCGACGAGGUUGGUGAAUGUCGAAGUCGACGAGCUUCGUCGGUUGGAUUUGUAGACGUUUGCGAUUUGUUCAAAUAUCAGGACGACUAUAAAACGACGACAUCCGAACCGGGCUGCCGGAUAUACUCAUCAAUUCGCCACAUGUUUCACCAAACGCCACAGAAUGCGCCAAUUCGAAUUCCCGAAAGUCAUAUCAAUCCAAUGUUCAGCCAUAAAUCAUCAUUAACGAAUAUCUCGCGAAGUCUCACCCAUUUGCCAUAUCCGCCGAAAAAGCGAAAAUCGAAAAUCCGUCGGGUUUUCUCGUGUUUCUCCGUGUUCUCCAAACACUUCUCCUAG